AUGGCCAGAACCAAGCAAACCGCAAGAAAAUCCACCGGAGGAAAGGCCCCCCGAAAGCAGUUAGCCUCCAAGGCCGCGAGAAAAUCCGCGCCAGUUUCCACGGGAAUUAAAAAACCCCACAGAUAUCGCCCCGGAACUGUCGCCCUGAGAGAAAUUAGAAAGUUCCAAAAGUCGACCGAUCUGCUUAUCAGAAAAUUGCCAUUCCAGAGAUUGGUGAGAGAAAUUGCACAGGAAUAUAAAACCGACCUCAGAUUUCAGUCCCAAGCUGUACUGGCCUUGCAGGAAGCCGCCGAGGCCUACUUAGUUGGACUCUUCGAAGAUACCAACCUGUGUGCAAUUCACGCCAAGAGAGUCACCAUCAUGCCAAAGGAUAUACAGCUAGCCAGACGUAUUCGUGGAGAACGAUCAUAA